GCUUUACCAUUUUUAUUCUGUAUCUUUGUUGCUUUGACGCAUCGUGGGACGCUUUAUUUUAUUCGUUCUUUGCAAAUAAUUUUUCAUACUAUUGACUCAUAAUGUCGGGCAUAGCCAGUGCACGGUUAGCUGAGGAAAGAAAAGCUUGGCGCAAGGACCAUCCCUUUGGGUUUGUGGCAAGGCCUAUGAAAAAUCCCGAUGGGUCUUUAAAUCUCAUGACUUGGGAAUGUGCGAUCCCCGGAAAAAAAGGGACACCCUGGGAAGGAGGUUUAUACAAAUUACGGAUGAUCUUCAAAGAUGAUUAUCCAUCCACUCCUCCAAAGUGCAAAUUUGAACCUCCUCUGUUUCACCCAAAUGUGUACCCUUCAGGCACAGUGUGUCUAUCAUUACUUGAUGAAGAAAAAGAUUGGCGUCCCGCUAUUACAAUUAAACAAAUAUUGCUUGGCAUUCAAGAUCUGUUAAAUGAACCCAAUGUGAAAGAUCCUGCACAAGCGGAAGCAUAUACAAUUUAUUGUCAAAAUCGGCUAGAAUACGACAAACGCGUGCGAGCGCAGGCGCGUGCUAUGGCUGCCACCGAAUAAAUGAAGUCUUUUUAAACUUAGGCACUACGGUUACUAAAAGAAAACAUGGCAAGAUAUUUAAGAGGGUCAUAAAACAUCACCAAGACAUUGGUUAAAAUAAAGACUUCUGUCUAUAUUCUGCCUAUGGUUUAAGUUAGGUUUAAGGUUCAUAAUUUAAAAUUAAUGAUUGGUUAAUGUGGAGCAUCAACCGAACCAAAAACUCAGUGUAGAAAUCAUUUCUUA